AUGAGGUUCUCCAUUAUUAUCCCGCUUCUGUCCGCAACAGUGCUCGCAGUACCUGUCAUUGAAGAGCGUCAGGCAACCUGCAACGUCCCAACGACUUUCCCAACAACCACGAACGCGAAGUUGCCCAGCCCGUUCAAGUUUUUUGACGGCAGGACAGUCACCACCAAAGCUGAUUUCGAAUGUAAGAAUCAGGAAGUCAGUGCUGCCCUUCAGGCCCAGGAACUUGGUGUCUUCCCUCCUAAACCAUCGAGCGUCACUGCUUCGCUCUCUGGAAGCACUCUCUCCAUCAUCGCUUCCGAAGCCGGUAAAUCGAUUACUUUCACAGUUUCGGUCCAGAAACCCAGCGGGUCAGGACCGUUCCCAGCAAUCAUUGCCUACGGUGCUGCCAGCCUCCCCAUUCCUAAUGGUGUCGCAACUAUCGUCUUCAAUAACGACGACAUCGCUGCGCAACAAGGCCAGAACAGCCGCGGCCAGGGCAAAUUCUAUAACCUAUACGGUUCGGGUCAUAGUGCUGGCGCCCUAACUGCUUGGGCAUGGGGGGUAGACCGAAUCAUUGACGCUCUCGAGAUCACCCCCAGUGCUGGCAUCGACCCAAAGCGUAUCGGUGUGACAGGCUGCUCACGCAAUGGCAAGGGUGCAUUUGUCGCCGCCGCACUCGUGAAGCGUAUUGCGCUCGGUCUUCCACAAGAGUCUGGUGCCGGUGGCGCUGCUUGCUGGCGCAUCUCUGACUCUGAGAAGGCAAAGGGCAAGAACAUCCAGACUGCCUCGCAAAUCGUUGGAGAGAACGUAUGGUUUAGCCCAAGGUUCAACGCGUUCAGUACCAAAGCCAAUACCUUAGCCGUUGACCAUCACCAACUCGCAGGCUUGGUGGCUCCUCGUGGUCUUCUCGUCAUCGAGAAUGAGAUUGACUGGCUCGGCCCCGUCUCCACCACUGCUUGCAUGAAGGCUGGCCGCUUGAUCUACAAGGCGCUCGGUGUGCCAGACAACAUGGGAUUCACAGGCUCUGGGAACCACAAUCACUGCUCGUUUCCUUCGAACCAGCAGGCUGACCUCACUGCAUUCAUCGGCAAGUUUUUGUUGAACCAGAGCACAAACACGGCAAACAUAGAGAGGGGCCCUGGUGGCGCAGAUGUGGGCACGUACAUUGACUGGACGACACCUACACUCACUUAG